UUAAAUUUCAUCGGUUGAAUGGUUAGUCAUGCAUGGACAAUUCCAAAGGCACAUAAGAAGAAGAGGAAGAGAAAGAGAUGGGCAUCUCCUGGUCCAGGAGAAUACGAAGAUGUAGACCUGAACUUAGUAAAAGUAGCCCCUCCUGAAUGGACUAUUAAAGGUAAAUACCCUUGGAAGGUUGAGUGCCUGGAUGGCCCUGGACCAGGAACCUACUCUGUGAGUAGCGAGCGACCAGGGACUGCAUACACGAUCCAAGGAAAAAGGAAGGAAUAUUAUAUAACUGAUGAACCAGGACCUGGCAGCUACUCUUUAAAUCAAACCUACGAUAACGUUGGUGGCUAUAUGGGAAAGAAGCUUAAAAAGAAGAAGGAGAAAGAGAAAUCUCCUGGACCAGCCGAAUACUUUCCACCUAUCUUUAAAUCUCAUGAUGGAUGGACAUUUGGAAUGAAGCCAUAUGAAAAGUACGAGAGGGAUGAUUCCCCAGGACCUGGUGCAUAUGAAAUUUAUAAGAGAAGCGUUAUUGCUUUGGGUAAAUUUGGAAAAGAGAAAAGAGGAAAAUUAUCCACAUCGUAUGAUUCUCCUGGACCAGGACACUAUUCUCCUAAGUUAAGCACUAGAGAUGGGUGGACUAUUCAAGGUAGAAGCAAACCAAAAUAUGAAAUAGAAGAUGGACCUGGACCUGGUGAUUAUUUCCCAUUCUAUGAUGAUGGAGGUCCAGCUUACUCAAUGGCUGGCAAAAGAAGAAAGAAGGACAAAAUUUAUGAUGAGCCAGGACCUCACACUUAUUUUCCUUCAAUACUUCCUACCAAGCCAAGACCUAGGAGCGCGAGGUUUACUUCUGGAAGGAGGGAUCUCACAGAUUAUGAUCAGCCUGGACCUGGACAAUACAGUAUUCCUUCAUUAUCAGGAGGUCCAUAUACAACUUUGAAAGGAAGACCAAGAACUGCUGAAAGAAGAAAUGACUAUCCUGGGCCUGGUGAGUAUAGAGAUAGGUAUAAACUGACAAAACCCCGAGCUGCAAGUGCUAGUAUUGGAAGAGCAAGGAGGAUGGGACCUCCUAUAAACGACACUCCUGGACCUGGAUUUUAUAAUUAUCGGGAUAAAAGAGACUAUAGAGGUACAGUUUUUGGAUCUUCAACUAGGCCAUGAACUGCAAAGACAGGAGAUGGUCCUGGGCCUGGCUCUUACAAUAUUAGAUCUACAUUUGGAGAUAAGCCAGGUAAAACAAUGGCUGGAAAGAGGAGAUACAAAUCAGUUGGAGAUGAUACACCUGGACCAGGAAUGUACAACCCUAAGCUUGAUGGAGGUAUAGCUUAUACCUGCCAAGGGAAGAAUAUCAUGGACUAUAAUCUGAGAGAGAGUUUUAAUAAACCAGGACCAGGGCAGUAUUUCCCAAGCUAUGAUCCAGUGAGACCGCACUACCCUGGAAAGACAAUGGGUGGAAAGAGAAAAGCUAAAUAUGAUGAUGAAAUUCCUGGACCUGGUGCUUAUAACCAAUACAUGUGGGAUAACAAGGGAAAUGGAUGGACAAUGGGAAUGAGGCCUCAUACUGCAGGACAAGAUCAAACUCCAGGCCCAGCUGCUUACUUCCCUCAUCUUAGAAGAGAUGCACCAGCUUAUACAAUGGGAGGCAAUCGUAACGAUCCCUUUGGUGAUGAAUAUCCAGGACCUGGAGAUUAUGAUUUAAGAGCAGACUGGAACAGAGGUAUUUUGAUGGGAAAAGACAAGAGACUUGAAAUCCCUGGAGGUCUGAGAAACCAAUUUCCAGGACCAGGAACUUACUAUUUACCAGAAUAUAAAGGAAAAGGAGUCUAUAUGGGAGAAAAAUUUUAUAAUAAAGACUUUUUCAUUACUCCUGGGCCAGGUUCUUAUGAGCAUAAUCAAGAAAAAGAAGGACCUCAUUAUUCAAUUGCUGGUAUGGGACUGAAAGGAAAGUAUGAAACAGUAGGGCCUGGACCAGCAGCCUAUGACAUUGUCAAAUCUUUUAAAGAAGUGUUUAAUUCGAAGCCAGGAAAAUCAUUUGGCAAGAAAACUGGAUAUAAAAGUAAAGGUUCUGAAGGCCCUGGUCCUGGAACUUAUUACCUCCCAAAAUCUAAAGGACAAGGUAUAACAAUGAAAGGAAGGUAUCCAGACCAUAUUAAUGACAAGUCACCAGGGCCGGCAGCUUAUAAUCAAAAAUGGCUGACAAUUCAGAACCUUAUAGAAGCCCAAAAAGCAGGCUCUGGAGGAACUAUGAGCAAAUCUAGAGAUUUCUAUCAUUUUGAUAAAAGCCCAGGCCCAGGAACUUACGAUUCCCCAUCUAAACUGACAAAUAUUGGGGUAAAAUUUGGAAAAGAAAUUAGAGGUAGCGAAAAGAAGUCGGAAAAUCCUGGCCCAGGAUAUUAUUAUAUACCUUGCACAGUAGCUGAUGUUCCAAAAUAUGUGUAUCCUAACCCAGAUCCUAGAUACAAAUGGGUUUAA